AUGGCGCUGGAGAUGAAGGCCUGGCUAAAUGUGGGCGGAGCUUUGUGCCUGGGCUUGGUGCUCACCUGGUGGAGUGAAGGGAGGGAGCAGUUUGCCACAAACCCCGACUCACACACGUCUGAGGGGAAAAGCAGCCAGCUGUGGCUCCAGCUGCGGCUCCAGCUGUGGCUCCAGCUGCGGCUCCAGCUGUGGCUCCAGCUCUGCUGCGACUCCAGCUGUGGCUCCAGCUGCUGCGGCUCCAGCUGCGGCUCCAGCUGCUGCGGCUCCAGCUGCUGCGGCUCCAGCUGCUGCGGCUCCAGCUGCUGCGACUCCAGCUGCUGCUCCAGCUGUGACUCCAGCUGUGGCUCCAGCUGCUGCGGCUCCAGCUGCUGCUCCAGCUGCUGCGGCUCCAGCUGCUGCGGCUCCAGCUGCGGCUCCAGCUGCUGCGGCUCCAGCUGUGGCUCCAGCUGCGGCUCCAGCUGCGGCUCCAGCUGCUGCUCCAGCUGCUGCUGCUCCAGCUGCUGCGGCUCCAGCUGCGGCUCCAGCUGCUGCGGCUCCAGCUGCGGCUCCAGCUGCUGCGGCUCCAGCUGCGGCUCCAGCUGCUGCGGCUCCAGCUGCGGCUCCAGCUGCUGCGGCUCCAGCUGCUGCGGCUCCAGCUGCUGCGACUCCAGCUGCUGCGACUCCAGCUGCGGCUCCAGCUGCUGCGGCUCC